UUCUUCUUAUAACACUGUUACUGUCAGUGUCAGCCAUAUUUGAUCAUUUUUAAUCCUUAAUACUAGUACACCACCCACCUCUUUCCCCACCAUUAUCAUCGUCACUAUUAUUAAUCACUGCUACUUUUCUUCCGACAAAUGGCAGCGACAAAAGACGGAGAGUCUCAUCAGACAGAACAAAACAUCAUGGAUUCAAUGUCAAAAACCGUUUGUGUCACUGGAGCUGCCGGUUUCAUCGGUUCCUGGCUCGUCAUGAGACUCCUUGAACAUGGCUAUACAGUUCGAGCCACCGUGCGCGACCCCGGCAACAUGAAGAAGGUGAAGCAUCUGAUAGAAUUACCAGGUGCUGACACGCACUUGACUCUGUGGAAGGCAGACCUUGCCCGAAAGGGAAGCUUCAACGACGCCAUCAAUGGCUGCUCCGGAGUUUUCCACGUGGCUACCCCUUUGGAUUUCGAUUCCCACGACCCUGAGAAUGAAAUGAUAAAACCAACAAUAAAUGGUUUAUUGGACAUAAUGAAAGCAUGCCUGAAGGCCAAGACAGUGAGAAGAUUGGUAUUCACAUCUUCAGCUGGAACUAUCGGCGUCACGGAGCACCACAAGCCUGUGAUUGAUGAGACUUGUUGGACCGACGUUGACUUCUGUCGUGGAGCCAAGAUGACCGGUUGGGCAUAUUUCGUUUCGAAGACACUGGCAGAGAAAGAGGCGUGGAAAUUUGCCAAGGAGCAUAACAUGGAUUUCAUCAGUGUAAUUCCUCCUCACGUGCUUGGCUCCUUUCUCAUCAACUCAAUGCCUCCUAGUUUUAUUACCUCUCUUUCUCUCAUCACUGGGAAUGAAGCCCACUAUUCGAUCCUGAAGAAAGGCCACUUUGUUCAUGUAGAUGAUCUCUGCAUGUGUCACAUAUUCUUGUAUGAGCAUCCUCAAGCACAAGGAAGAUACAUAUGCUCUUCCCAUCAGGCCACCAUUCAUGAAAUUGCCAACCUGCUUAAUCAAAAAUACCCACGCUACAAUGUCCCCACCAAGUUUGAGAACAUUCCGAAGAACUUGGAGAUUGUGCACUUUUCUACCAAGAAGAUAAAAGAUUUAGGGUUCCAGUUUAAAUAUAGCUUAGAGGACAUGUUCACUGAAGCUGUUGAUACUUGUAGAGAGAAAGGACUUCUACCGAAGUCUGCUGAAACCCCCUCUAAUGGUUCAACUAAUUAGAAUUAUGUCAUCAAUGGGAUUGAUUUGUGCUACAAAUAUGAAGCAAAUUGUUAAUGUGGGCCUAUCGCUUAAUUAUUGGGCUGAAGAUUGCACAAAGAGGGGCUUUAGGCUUGAGGUAGGGGCAGAGAAGAAUUUGGUUGACACUUUCUUCCUUUUCAAAUUUCUUUCCUCUGUGUUCUCUUCCCUCUAUAUCUGUGCUAUUUCGCUCAUUGUUUUAUGUUAAUUUCCUUCCAUUUUCCUAGCAUCUUCAUGCCAAUAGUUGUAAUGACUGAUAUAUGAACUCUUUUCUUGAGUUAUCGAGGCAAUAUUAAUAGCAUAAUUGUAUUCAGUGAUAUUUUUGUGUUCUAUUCACUACUAUCAAAUUGGUGAUCGUGGCAAAGGUACUUUCAUUGAGAGAUCGAAUGGCGGAAAACACUAAUCGCAUGUUCCACUUUGAGCAGACCAUGGCCGAGUUGCGUCGAAACAUUUUGGAAAUAUCCUCCAAUGUUGAGCUUUUGAUUCAGCGUUCCACCACUACGUCUUCGGACUUCAAGACAAUCACUACUAAUGAAACGUCGUCACUGUUGCCAAUCUUACCUUGGAGUUCUGACUCCAUCAAAAAUCCACACUCAAGUUCAGAACCAAGUGACGCAUGCAAAUCGAUGGUAGUGGAUCAUGAAUCAAUGUUGCUGAUCGAACCAGAAAUGGAAUGCAUCUCUUCUUCAUCCGCCAUUGACGAGGAGGAUGACUCCAAAGACUACACAACUUUAGCGGCCGUCAACUCAGAAACCAUUCAAGCUUCAAUCGUAGAAUCAGCAUCUAUUCUGGCCCUAACUUCUUUAAUGAAGGAAAAUAAUUUGCUCAAACAAGAUUCGGCUCAUGCAACAAAAGGGAUUAACAAUGGCUUGACUCAUUACACCAAAUUAGAUCCAGGUAUUUUUCUUCCAUUUCCUUUGAACAUGAACUACCAAUUGCAAGCAUGUAUGGAUUGGUAUAAGGAACCAGGAAAAUUCCAUGAAUACAGAGUUAAUUUUAGUGGAUAUAUGUUUCAGCUGAGGCUUGUUGAUAACUUGAUUCUUGGUUUAGUAGUUAGUAUUAAACCCAGUGUUUUCCUCUUCCACUAUAUCUAUUUUGGCUCCCUUCAGUGUAGGGACUUAUGCAAUAUUCUUAUUCUGUGGAAUGAUGGCUUGCUUAUGGCUCAGUUGCUGGCAUUUGUUAUGUUCAAAUUCACACCAGAGAAUAAUCCUUUUAUGGUGCCGUAUCCCCUGGUUAAUUGCUUUAAAUUGCUCUAAGAUAAUUGGUUGCUUGGCUCUGAUUUAUAGGGCACACGAGACACUACAAGGACCUGAUAACUCGAAUUUUAUCAUCAUUUAUGAUCCUGGGAUUAUCUUUGAUGUUUUGUUCUAUUCUGAGCCUGCUCAAACUAUGGGGGUUAUGUUUUAUUUUCAUAAAUUGCAACAUGAAGGAGGUUAUUCCAGAUCUGUAAUUUAUGUUGCUGGAUAUGGCUUUGCUAUUUUUAUCUUUGAUCCUGGAGAUGCUACAAGCAAUGAGUACCUUAAAUUUAUCAAGGCGAUAUAUAUGGCAAGGGUUAAUUUCUUACAAUCAUGCAUGAAUGCUAGAACAUUCUGUAUCUCUACAUGGUGAGUGCCACAAUUUGAAACUCAGGUUUAAUGGGAUGUUAUUUCCUGUUAUGCAUAUGUAGUGUUUUCUACCAUUUGGUACUUAGUUAUGGCCCUUCAUACUUAUCAUCGAUUUGAAAUUUUUCUUCAUGGGAACCCAUUAAAAUGCUGUGCUUCUGUUAUAUUUGCAAUCGAGUACUAUUAUCAUUGCAAUACUAUUCAUUUUUUUGCUGAAUCUUCAAAUGAUUUAUCCAUGGAAUUUGUUGAGCUAGACAUGCAGCAACAAGAUAUCACUAACUUCAAUCCUAGAAUGGUCUUUGAUCCUGCUUCCAUUUCCUGCAAUCUUCUAUUUCAAUGCUGGCCACAAAUUGUAUGCAUGGAAUUAUUGUGUAGUUGUUUGACACAAUGUUUUAAUUGCUUAUUGGAAGGGUUAAAAAGUAACGUGUUGGUUUGCAUAAAAUGGUGGAAUUUUUUUGCAUUGGAUUGUACCUACCUUAACCAAGGUUCAAGAUUUCAUUACUCGAUUAGUACGUGCACCUCCCAUCUGGCACUUGAUAAUUCUUGACCAUUUUUAUCAUGGCUGUAUCUAUCUCUAUGGAUGGUCUUUAUAUUUGCAUUGUGGUCCAAGGGAGACUAGAAUUCACUCUGCACCAAUAUUUGUUAUUUAAUUUUGAUGAGCCUCUACAGUAUUGAGACAUUGCCGUGAUGAGCUUUCCCAUGUGUGAUCCACCUUACUUUCCUUUAAAUGGUGAGCCAAGUAUUGUCACUUUACUGUUGGGCAUUCAAAGAGAUUUAUCAAGAGCGAUGGUUGCUAUUAUGACUUUUGAAAUAUUCAAAGAUGGAGUUCCCUCAUUUGAUUCCAAA